GGGGGUCGGGCCGGGGGUGGAGCCGCGGACUGGUGGGUCGGGGUGAGGGGGAGCCCUCCCCUUCCCUUCCCGAACGAGCCGGAGCCGGGAAAGGCGCCUCCUCAGCUCGUCUUGCCCCGCCGGUGCCGCCAGCCGUCCGCAGCAUGAUCUGGAAAACUCUCCCGCUGCUCUGCGCCCUGCUGGCCGCCGCCCGCCUGCGAGCCGAGGAGGAGCCAAGGAGCAAAUCCAAGAUAUGUGCCAAUGUUUUCUGUGGAGCUGGGCGGGAGUGUGCAGUGACUGAGAAGGGAGAGCCAACCUGCCUUUGCAUUGAGAAAUGCAAACCUCACAAGAGGCCUGUGUGUGGUAGCAAUGGCAAGACAUACCUGAACCACUGUGAGCUGCACCGUGAUGCCUGCCUCACUGGCUCCAAGAUCCAGGUGGAUUAUGAUGGCCACUGUAAAGAGAAAAAGUCUGAGAAUCCAGCUGCAAGCCCAGUUGUCUGCUACCAGUCAGACAGGGAUGAGCUUCGUCGCCGUGUCAUCCAGUGGCUGGAAGCUGAAAUUAUCCCAGAUGGCUGGUUUUCCAAGGGGAGCAACUACAGCGAAGUACUGGACAAGUAUUUCAAGAGCUUUGAUGAUGGCGAUUCUCGCUUGGACUCCACUGAAUUCCUGAAAUUUGUGGAGCAGAAUGAGACUGCUGUCAACAUCACAACAUACAUGGACCAGGAGACCAACAAGCUGCUCAGGGGACUCUGUGUAGAUGCCCUGAUUGAACUAUCAGAUGAAAAUGCCGACUGGAAACUCAGCUUCAAUGAAUUUCUCAAGUGCCUCAGCCCAUCCUUCAACCCACCAGAGAAAAAGUGUGCCCUGGAAGAUGAAAGCUACGAGGAUGGAGCAGAGACCCAGGUGGAAUGCAACCGCUGUGUCUGUGCCUGUGGGAACUGGGUGUGCACCGCAAUGACGUGUGAGGGCAAGAAUGGGAAGGUGCCUGCUCAGCGACAGCGACCUGAUCAAGACUUGACUGAGGAGGAGCUGGCUAGAUACGUUCAGGAACUGCAGAAGCAUCAGGAGACAGCUGAGAAGACCAAGAGAAUGAGCACCAAGGAGAUGUAAGGGGCCUCCACACUGGUGGAGCCCAGGAGGAUGGGCCCAAGCUACCGCCCUGUCCUCCAGUAUGCACAAGUGUCUGCUACAGUUGCCCAGUCACAGAUAUUUACAUUGUAUAGCGAUGGGUUAUUUGUUUUGUAAUACACAGAGAAUGGGGCCAGGAAAGGGGAGCAGAGCCCACCUGUUUAGGGAGCUUCAUUGCUGGGGCUUAGGAAGGCUGGAAGGGACUUACAGCAGCCUCUGGGACCCUUUCCCAGAGCAGGCAGCUGCUCCCUCCAAGAGCUAAGAGGGAUUUCUUGUUCCCCUGGAUCUGGGGAAAGGAAGGGGGUCAGUGCUGGAUAGAAAAGGGGGUCUUGAAUUGAUAAAAUUGGCAGCACCAGCCUUGGCUGCAGCAAUAGAGGCCCAGCAAUUUUGUGGCUGAGCACAUGUGCUGCAGGGCAUCAUUAGCCAAUGACCUUGCCCUGCUUACCUUUCCCUUUGGUUUGAGCUCCUCAAAGCUGGGCAGCGUGUUGUGACACCUGGAAGUCGAGGUGCCAUGCUGCUGGUAUGAGUCCAGCACGUUCCUCCUUGCUUUCCACCAGACUGUGCCCAGCAGCUCCUCCAGUACAUUGUGGGCUCUAACACAACAUGGUUCCUUUUGACCUCAUCUCACCCUUACUCUCCCUGCCCCCUCCUUAGAGGUGCUACCACGUUUUUUUCUUAUCACAUUCACAUGCUGACUCCCCCUUUUGUUUUGGUUUUUUUUUAUUACUUUGUUUCCUAUGGUAGUAAUUCAGCUUUUGUAUGUUUUGUAGCUCUAGAUCUUUCAAGAAAACCCAGCCUGUGGGUUUUUGUUGUUGACAGUGCUGUAAUGCCCUUGCACAGUUUGUAUCUCACUGCGCUCAGCCAUCACAAACUCCAAGAGCAACUUGUAAGCCCUGCACUGCAGGGUAUUUCUCAGCCAGUGAUAACAGUAUCCCCCAUGGGAAGAAGAGACAGGGCUGGUUGUAAGUAGUUGCACCAGGCAUGGACUUACACUGGAGGUCUCUAGCUCUUGCUCCUUUAGCUAGCAAUAACCAUGUCCUCAAAGUCUGUGCUCAUGCUGCUCUAAAUUGCCCAGAGGGAAGUGCCAAGUGGUCUAGAGACAGAGGAAACAGGCAGUCCCAUUUUAAAAUGCUUAACUAUGUUGAAGUCUGGCCUGUUAGCCAUCAUCUUGGGCUUCCCAUCUCCCUCUGGGGUGAGGCAGCAGCAUUAUUCCAGGUCUGGGUUUGGAGUCAGGGCUGGAAGCCUCGUUACUAAUGCAUUUCACAGUGUCUCUGAUCAGACUGUCUUCAGCUGCCCUCACUAUCCUUUUGUGGGUCAUUUUCAUCUGACCUGCUUCUCAGAGUGUUGAUUGUAGAUAUAAAUGAAAUGCUGUUUUUUUGACAAUCACUUCUGUAGCCUCAAGCCCAGCUGAGUUUAUCUUGCAGUUGUCAAAUGUAAUUCAUACACACCUUAACCUCCUUUUUCCACAUUCUCUUCAUGCCCCUGCUGUGCAUUCCAAGCAGUUGCACAUACCCUAAGUUGAGACGCUUGUGACUCCCACCUUUCUGUUUGUCAGCAGCUUCAGCAGUUAUUGCCAGGUCCCUUGUGCUUACUCAAGUGAAACUCCAUCUGCAUCUGCAAAAACAUGUUCUGCUUUAGUGAAGAUCAGCAGGACUUUUGUCCCAACCUUCCCCUUUUUGCACAGUGCUUUCCUUGGAGGGGAAGAGUGAGUUGGCACCUAGCAAGUGUAGGCAAAGAAGAAAACUUGGUCCCUCCAAUGGUCUCAUUCAUGAGCCACAUUUGUUGAAGGCUGUCUGGUCUUUGAGCUGUUUUCCUGAUGUGAGCUCAGCUGAUGUCCAUUGGCUUUGGCACAAUGCCAUGUUUCCAGUGAGACUCACACUCUUACCUGCCACAUUUGGAGGUUUUAGCAUAAUAAAUGCAGAAGAGGGCUGGUUCUUUUCCUGUGAGGGUCUGGUUUUUAGAAGCUGUCUCCUGUGAAGGUGAGGGAAAUGAGUCUAGAGGAGCUGAGGGUUGUGUGGAUAAUGCUACACUGGAACAGAGUCAUUGUCAGUGUUCUGGUGGCACUGGAUGAACUGGUUGGUGGAAUUAGGAGCACCCAUUAGAUAUACCUUCACUCCUCCCCAACAGUAUGAGUGAAACAGCUUCAUGUGCUGGAUCUAGAGUCACAGGAAUACUGUUAAUAAAAGUUUUGCUUUAUUCUGACCCUGCUCUGAAAGGUAGUUUGUGCCUUCCAGCUCAUGCCCUGCCAGUUUGGAUCAUUAAAGUGCCUUAGAGAAAAUGUAACAGCUUGCCUUAAAGGCUUUCUUUCCCUGGGUGGCGAUGAUAUCCAACUGUCCAGUCAGGAAAAUCUCCACCUGGGAGUAACACAGCAUGUGCAGGAAGGGGAGGCUAAUCCAUGACUGAAGGGCUCCUAUAGACUGGGUUAUGUGAUACAUUCUCUAGCUCCCUUUCUGUCCUCUGUGGACAUGCAAGCUAAGAGGCUGGCUGCUGGAGGCGUCUGGAAAGGUGGGUGCUGGCAGUUGAGGUUUACAGAGCUUGCCCUGAAGGCAGAGGGAUGGGCUGCUACCUCAGGCAAGGCCAGCUGAGCUCUCUGACAAGCCAUACAACAUAUCCUGGGAUAGCACAGGGCAGUGGGGUGGGAGUACGGUGACCAUACCUCCAUGGGAAGGACUGCAGCCUGUGGAGAGUUUUCCUCCUUGUGCCCUCACAGGGAAAAUGCGACCGUAGAGAGUGAUGCCAGCUGUAAGGGCUACAGUACCCUAAGGAGACUGAAACCUCUCAGCUGCCCACAGUGAGAAGGGCAACCUUUGGUGAGCAGUGCCCAGGCUGUGCCCUGCAGCAGGCUGGCUGGUUGCUGUUUUCUGCAGGGUGACUUGGCUGCUAGGGAAGGAGGUGCUGAGUUUCAGCUGUUGCCCUCUGGGACAAUCACUGUACAGGCUGCAAAGGGCAGGGGAGGCUUUUUUUUUUCCCCAAAAAGCCAAA